AUGCCUCGUGACGAGCAGUCGUACCGUAAUAUGGACCAGCAGCAGUUCGACAGUCAACGUGCAGAAGACGAGGCACGGCAAGACGCAUUGUUGGAUCAAAUCCACGGCGGUGUCGUGGGUCUUAAGAACCAGGCGCAUGCAAUUAAUGACGAAGUCGUGGAGCAAAAUAUCAUGAUUGAUGACAUUGGCAACCGAAUGGACAAUGCAACUCGUGAUAUUGCACAGGAAGAGAAAGCAGCGCGGGAGGCGAAUGCUCGCAAAAAGAAGGCAAGUUUGUAUACCUUUUUAGUGGAAAAACGUUUAGGGGCAUGCAAAUUAUACGGUGUGAUUGUGGUUCUAGUGGUGAUUCUCAUCAUUGUGUUCAUCAUUCCGGCCCCUGCCUCAUCACAAUAA